CUGACCUACACUCAAAGUCACUGACUUAUAAAAAGCGCGUUGUUUGCAUUGGCGUUGCGCAAAUGAGCUCCGAUGAGGAUGAGUUUUUCGAUGCGCCUGAGGCUUUAGGAUGCGGAUGCGACGUUCGGAAGUGGAGUGACAAGUACGUUUCUUCGUUUCUGCCUUAUUUGUAUAGCGAUGACGAGUUGAUUCGCACUUAUUUUGAUUUUGAUAGUCAAAAUGCUCGUAGACGAAGUCGAGUGGAGUCUCUUAAGAAGAAUCUCUUGGAAAAGUCAUAUUCUCUCGGACAUGCAUCUGGAGUUAACAGUUUCGAGGCUAUGGAAGAGGUAUAUGCAAGACAAUUCUAUUUUGUAGUUUUUAAUUUUAUUGAUGUAUGUACUUAUUUCACCGUACAUAAAGUUUUUUUUCAGCCUAGAUACAAUAAUUAGUAACAAUCUUGUACUCAUAUAGCUUUCUUCAAGUACAAUUUCAUGCUUGUAAGUAGCCUCAUGGUUCAAUUUUCUGUUUUACAUCAAAGUUGGUGGGUGUGUUACUUUUGGAUGAACCAUCUAGAUUUAGGACGAAAUCUGUUUUUUUUUUUUUUUGGGUGACAUUCAUCUGUCUAUACAACUAAAUGGCAUUUUCGCUAUAUGUCUGACUAUACCUCGAAAAAUCUGUUACUCACACUAAUUUAUAACGCUUCUGAAUGAUUAACGUUUCUAAAAGCCACUUUACUAUCUUUCAAUCCUCGUUCUUGAGUAUCAAAUUAAUGUGCCGCUCUGUGAAUACAUUAAAAUUCUGUAUAUUCACGUGUUCUUUGUCGUAGCGUUUGCGUUCGUUUUAAUUUGAACUUUAGGCUGAUAAAUGUGUUAUGAUAACUUAAUAUUGGCUGCCUAAUGUGUAUCGCUUCCCUAGAUGUGAAUUGCUGAGUCCUAAUAUCUGAACAGCCGGUUGGACUACCUAACCUUUAUAGUUAUUAUAUACAAGUUCAGUGAUAAUUUUCUUUGAUUGUUUGGUGUAUUGGUUCACCUUAUUUUCGCUUUAUAAAUGAAUUAUUAGUAAAUUUCUCUUAACGUAUAAACAUAGAUUCUAUCCCGAAAUGUUCGCGAUCAUAUCUCUCCGACGAUUGAGACAUAUAAAUCUGAAAUUGGAGUUCUGAGUGUUCCAGGCGGUAAAAAUGAGUUCACUUCAGAUCAAGAGUUAUUGCGCAGAAUCAAACUGCAUCAUGAACCUGCUUUUGGCUUCUUAAAUUCUCAACAGGAAAGCACAAGUUUGUCGACAUACAUUCAAGUUCAAAAACCAUCCAUAAAUAGUCAUUUAAACUUACUGGAUACUGACAGUACUCAAAAGAAGUUAUCAAAAACACAAUUCGCACAAACACAGACUAUUUUCCGGGACAACGGGUCUUUAAGGUACCCCAAUGAAUGUGGCUUCACAUCUCCUAUGAAUGUUAGCAUAUGUGGUUGUUCAAAUGCGGCACCUGGUACUCCAACAGUAUAUAAAUAUACACAUCCUAUUAUAAAUGAAGUUGCAGACUGUAAUUUUAUUGAACGUUCAGACCCUCCAGUCAUUCAACUUCUCAGAUCUCAGGUAGUAUCUUCAGCACCUGAGGUAUCAAAUAGAAAUAAUGAUGCUAAACACCUCUUGGAUUAUGUCAAAUCUUGGUCUCUAGGUGCGGCUAAACAAUAUAGCGCUGGACCGUUUCCAUCCGUUAACGGGACUGUUACAUUAGAUCGCAUCACAAAUAAUAACCUUCCACAACAUCAAACAGACGACAUGGGCUCAAUCGGAUUCGAUUCAUUGUAUACUACAGCAUUAAAUCGUACGGGAUUCGGAUCAUUAUUUCCACAGUCUACUACUGCUACUUCUAUCAUUACUACUACUGCUGUUGCAAUAAAUACAACAUCCACGGCUUCCUCUGUCCCUCCUUACAAUCAAACUUCUGAAGUACAAGAACCUUGCCCUCAUCAUCGUUCAUGUAGGUUAGUUAGUACUAUGGUGCAAACGGACCUGGAUGAAAAGCAUAAUGAUUCAAAUGAACAAAUAUUGAAUAGUUUCCACCGUGACACUUUAAUGAAUAAGUUUCCUACUGAUUACAACAACACUAUUGUUAGUGAUAAAAUUGUGAAAUCUGCUUCAGCCACAUUGAACAAUGAAUAUCAAACUGUAAAUCCUAUUGAGAUACAAUUUCGUGAUCGAACGAGAAGUAAUUCAAGUUUACCGUUGACUUCAUUGGGUGACAAACAAUCCAUUGAUUUCUCCACGUCAUCUCAAGAGAACUCAAUUGGAGUAAUGAGCAAAAUGACAAAAAUUCAUAAAUAUUUUCGUGGCGCUAUGAGUGCAAUGAAAUCUGCUACAAAAAAUAAAAUUUUCAAUCCCGAUGAAGAGUCAUCUGAUGAAGAUGAAGAGAUUAUCGGAAAUCAGGGCAUUCGUCUAAGAUCAUCUAGACAAGCAAGAGGAAGACGAGAAUUUCUACAGAUCAAAUUGGUUCAAGAAAUGAAAAAUGAGCACACGGGUGCUAUAUGGGCUAUGCGUUUUUCACCAUGUGGUCGAUUAUUGGCUACUGCUGGAUAUGAUCGAAAUAUUCGAAUAUGGGUCCUAAGACAAUGUUACCGAUAUUUCAAAGAAAUGCAACGAAGUUCUACUCCACCCCCUAGUAGUAGUUCAAAAUAUGGAUCAAUUGGUGGAUUUAUGCCAAGUGAUUUCCACACUUCAAAUAAUACUACGUCAAAUGCAACUUUAGAUGAAGAGAAUCGUUUUGAUUCAUUAAGUUUAGCAUCAACUACACUAUCAACAUCAGGUAAAACUGAUGUUAGUGAAGCGGAUGGAGCGUCUAGUAGCAGUUCUGCGCCAGGAUAUUCUACUGUACUCGGUCUAACUGAUGACUUCCCUUCACCAUUAUCCUCUUGUGGUAGUACUAAAAAUAGUAGGACGAAACCUUCUGGAAUAACGGCAGCACCAGGACCACCACCACAGACGACAACAACAACGGCAUUAUUGCCUACAAUGAAUGAUUUACAUCGAGAACGUAGAACUGUAUUUCGUUCAAAACCAUUAUUGGUUUUAAGAGGUCAUGAGGGUGUUGUUACUGAAUUGGCAUGGUCUAAAAAUUUAUUUCUUCUAGCUACUAGUAUGGAUCAUCAAGUACGAUUAUGGCAUAUUAGUCGACGUGAAUGCCUAUGUGUAUUUAGUCAUAAUGAUACAGUGCCAACAAUUGUAUUUCAUCCAAAGGAUGAUCGUUAUUUUCUUUCUGGUAGUCUGGAUGGAAAACUUCGGCUAUGGAAUAUACCAGACAAAAAAGUUCGUUUUUGGGUUGAAGUUCCUGUACCUAGUGCUUUACCAGUGUCAACUAAUUCAUCAUCUACAAAUACUGUCGCUAACUUUUUUACACGUUCUAACCCAUAUACUGGUUCACAGUAUACAACAUCCUUACCGGGUCUUUCAUCAAAGGGAAGUGGUGGUGUUGGACCCAAAACAGUGAUCACUUGUGCAACAUUUGCUUGUGAAGGCACUAAAGUUGUUGUCGGCACAUAUGAUGGUCGUGUAUUAUUUUUUAAUAGUGAGCUAUCGUACAUAACUUUCAUAACUAUCAAAUCUGGUACUGCAAAAGGUCGUCACUGUCGUGUUACGGCUAUCGAAUGUGAUCCGUCUGAUUCAAAUAAGAUUUUAGUUACAUCAAAUGAUUCACGUCUACGUUUAGUUGAUGCUCGUGACUAUCAUACAUUAUGUAAAUAUCGUGGAUUUCUAAAUGAAACUAGUCAAAUACGUGCAUCUUUCAGUCCAACUGGUCGUUAUCUAAUCUCAGGAUCCGAAAAUGCAUUCUUUUAUAUUUGGCAAAAAUCUUUAGAUGUUGACAAAAUAUCUAGAUUUUCACGUAUACGUAAAGAUAGAAAUAAUUGUUGGGAAGCGAUUAAAGCCCAUGAUACAAUGGUUACAGUAGCUGUGUUCAGUCCAAAUCCAAAUUUAGUAUUGAAUAAAUCAUGUUCAAUAAGAAAACCAUUGAAUUCACUCACUAUUUCAAAUCAUUCUGAUUUGAAUAAUAGCAAUUGUGCUGGUGGUUAUAUUAAUGAAAGUAACAGUAGUAUUCCUCGUCAUAGACUAUUAAAUCCAAAUCAAUCAUCAGUUACUACUACUGAUCUAAACCGGGAAACAUUUGUAUAUUUAGGUGAAGUAGUCGUUUCAGCUGAUUGUAAUGGUUGUAUUCGAGUGUUCAAAAAGCUUACAACUGAAAUUACACAAUCCAUAUGUAGUUAAUAUUUAAACAAGUAUUGGGUUAGACAAUUCAAUCAUUUCUCCUGCAUAUAUUCACUUCAUUAAUGUAUAUCAUCUGACUACUAUUUAUUUGUAAAUAUGGUUUUUUUAAAAUUUGACUGCCUACUGGUAAAGUUGUAUUUAUAUUAAUUUCUCUUUAGUUCUGUAAAACCAAUGAGUAUCUUUUCUAUUUGAAUAUUUUCUGAUAAUUUCUAUGAAUCAAUUUACAUAGCUUUAGAGGGGGGGUAAGGUGCAAUUUCAAAAAGUAUAUUGUUAAUUCAGUUAGUCAGUUCUCUGUCCCCUAUUCAAAUGUAACUUUAAUGGAUUGUUUGUUAUGGAAGAAAAAAACAAUGAUAUUAUCAUCACUAAUAAUUAUUAUUCUUAUCAUCACUUAAAUACAACACAUUUUGUGCAUUUUUCUUUUGACUUUCACAUUCAAUCGAUAUUUUUCGUUAGGUAAUAUUAUUAUUUUUUCUUUCGUAUGUUAUGUAUCUAUGUAUCACUUUCCCUGUUCUAGUUAAUGUGAUGGAUUUAAAAAACAAAACAAAAAAAAAUAAGUUGAUCUUCGUUAGUAGUAUGUUAUGUCACCAUUGUUUCAAAAUGAUAAUAAUCUAAUCUAUUCCUCAUUUUAUUUUUAAUUGAUUUAUUUUUUUAAUAGAAAGUUUUGUUCAUUAUUUUUUGUUUAAAUAUUUUAAUAACAAGAAGCAAUUCAUGCAUUAAAUAAAUGAUAAAUGCUUUGAAUGAUUCAGUGUUUUCUACGGGAUGGGGUCGUUAACCCCAUGCCCGAAACUGCUCUUUUUUGUAGGGCUUAGGACAGGGAGCAGUCUAAGAGGGGAUACAGGUGGAGUUAUUAUCGAAUAAACAAUUACUAAAUGAUAUUCAUGCAAAACCGGAGUAUAUAGUCAUCAUGGUUAGCACAGUAUAGAACGGUCCGCACACUAAUACCGGGAUAGAUACGGUAUUUUGCACAUCGACCAACGUCACGUACCAAAACACUCAUGAAAAUCAGACUCGCUGUAUAGUGAACAGAGUACAGGUGGGGACAAUCAAAUGUGAUUGACAACAAAUUACAGCACUUGUUAAUAAAAUCUAACAACCAUAUAGUGAAUCGUUAAUUUGCAAAAUAUCAAUCCAUCAUAUCAAACUGGACUGUUCCUGUUGCAAACAUCAAUCGAUUGUCUGACAUUUCAUUGUUCAUGAGUUUCCAUACAAAUUCCAUUGUGUUCCCGCUCUUCCUCUCUUGAU